AAAGCCCAUUUCUUGAUUCUGCUCCAAAUUCCGUCUGCCCGCGCGACAUCUCUAAUCUCUAAUUAAAUUAAAUUCCAUGCUCGAAUCCGGGCGACGCUCAGCCGGAGGAAUCUCCCCCGAUUUCCGUUCUAGGGUUUUGUUUUCUUCACAUCGUCGAGACGGAGCUUGCUAGGGUUUUUCUGGGACCCUAUGGCAUUAUCUGACCAGGAUGCGAGCAAGGAUCUGUCUUCCGCCUCUGGCCAGGAGGCGGGUCCGCCGGAGGAAGAGUCAACGCCAGGUGUGGAGCAGGUGACGCAGAAGAAGAGGGGCAAGAAGAGGGGAAGGGAGGAAAAGGAUGUGAAAGAGGGGAGGAAGAAAAAGGCGGCACCGACUGCUUCGUCCUCGGAGAGGCCAUCAAGAGAGAGGAAGUCUGUGGUCAGGUACACGGCGACAGCAUCGCCAAGUACGUCAGCAGCUAAGGCUGUCAAGAUUCAGCGGGGUCCCGGGGAGAUACUCAAGGACAUCCCGAAUGUUAAUUUCAAACUGUCCAAAAGAAAGUCUGAUGAGAGUCUCCGAGUCCUCCAUAAAAUUCUUUUUGGAAGAAAAGCAAAUGUACAUUUUCUGAAGAGAAAUAUUCUGCAAUUUUCUGGUUUUGUUUGGUCUCAGAAUGAGGAGAAAGAAAGGUCAAAAGUUAAGGAAAAGUUUAACAAGUGCAACAAAGACAGGUUGCUGGACUUCUGUGAUCUGCUUGAUGUCUGUUCUUUAAAAGUUACCACUAAGAAGGAGGAGAUCUUAGCAAAGUUACUGGAAUUUUUGGACUCUCCACAUGCUACUAGAGAAGUUAUACUUGCUGAGAAAGAUACGAAACCUAAAAAAAUUAAGAAACAUGAAGUGAAGAAAGCCCGUAAGAAAACUGAAGGUCACAAGGAAGAUCAAAUUAAGGCUAUUGGCUCAGUUGACAUUAAUGAUGAAUCUGAAGAUAAAAUGGAUGCGGAGGAAACCACUGAACAUUCUAACAGUGAGGCAGAAGAGGAGAACAAUGUGCAUAAAGCUCCUGAAUCAACCAAAAUGUUGUCAGAUGGGGAGGAGAUUGAUGAGCAAAAGGAGCCUAAAUCCAAAGAGAAAUCCUCAGCAGUAAAAAAGGCCUCCCGUACUAAAUCUAAAAAAGGUUCAUCUUCAUCUGCUACAAAGAAGGCUGUUACUACAAAGAAGGCUGUUACUGAUAAUGAAGCAGAAGCCUCUUCAGAGAGUAAAGUAAGUAAGGGGAACAAAAUUCGUUCGAAGACAGACAAAAAGAAAUCAACGCCCAAAAAGGAUUCCAAGGAUAAUUCUACAGGAAAGGCUCCCCAAAAGAAAGUUGAGGCUGACUCCAGCUCUGGUGUGUCCCGUAGAUCAGAAAAAGUUAAAGAGAAAAGGAAGAGCAAUGCUGGAACUGCAUUGAAAGAUAAGGAAGGAAACAAGAGACAAAUUGAAAAGACUACAUCGAAAGAAGGAAAAGAGAACAAGAGAAAGGUUGCAAAAAUUGAAUCAAAAGAAGUGAAAGAAAACAAGAAACAAAUUGCAAAGAUGAAGUCGAAAACUGUAGCCAAGAAGAAAGGAAAACCCGAGGAUGCUUCUGGCGAACCGACUACAGAACAAUUGCAUGCUGUGGUCAGCGAGAUACUGAAAGAAGUAGAUUUUAAUGUUGCAACCCUGGCUGACAUUAUUAGGCAAUUAGGUGCUCAUUUUAACACUGAUCUGAUGCAUAGAAAAGCAGAAAUAAAAGGCAUACUGGAAGAGGUGAUUAAUAAUAUGACGGAUGAUGAAGAUGAUGAUGAGGAAGAUGGUGCGCAGGAUUGAGGUGUGAGAGGAAUUGAGUAGGGGGUGAUUUGUAACAUUUUUUUCCUCUUUAAUGCAAUUUUAGUUUUGUUUAGGGUGCAUGGUUGAAACUAUGCUAUGUUUGCUUCCAUUGUUAUUGUGUCCACAUAGUGUUUUUUUUUUUUUUAAUAUAUUUU